AGGAGCACACCAGAUCAAAUUAAUGGCAUGAUGAUUUACACCUUCCAAGAUGGAGAUGCAAUACAACCAGUUAGCUUCCUAGAUCUGCUUCGUUUACCAAUAGGAUCAACAACUACAACCCUGUCUCCUAUGACAUCCAGCAAAUUCCCAUUGACGUCUCAGAAACCACUAUCUGGUUCAGCAGUGGUGACAAGCAAACUGGUGUUCAACUCCUCAUCUCCAGUCCCCAGUGAAACUCAGGUGCUCAGUGCUAUCCAAACUCUAAGGAACUCAAGAGAGUCACAACUUGGUGAAUCUGUGAAGGUGGCGAAUGUCACUUAUGAAAAAAUCUCAGACACCUCCUAUGCAGUCAUCUUUAUAUUUACUCUGAGUAACAUCAGCAUCCCAGAAGACCCUAAUCUGAAAAACAACACUUACAAUCAAGUGCAAAAUACUGUCAAUACUGGGCUGAACACUCUUCUGAAUGGGCCUAAUUCUACAGCUUUUGAACCCACGUCCUCUGACUUCACGAGCACACCAGAUCAAAUUAAUGGCCUGAUGGUUUACACCUUCCAAGAUGGAGAUGCGAUACAACCAGUUAGCUUCCUAGAUCUGCUUCGUUUACCAAUAGGAUCAACAACUACAACUGUGUCUACUUUGACAUCAAGUAAAUUCCCAUUGACGUCUCAGAAACCACUAUCUGGAUCAGCAGUGGUGACAAGCAAACUGGUGUUCAACUCCUCAUCUCCAGUCCCCAGUGAAACUCUGGUGCUCAGUGCUAUCCAAACCCUCAGAGAUUCAAGAGAGUCACAACUUAGUGUUUCCGUGAAGGUGGCGAAUGUCACUUAUGAAAAAAUCUCAGACACCGCCUAUGCAGUCAUCAUUAUAUUUACUCUGAGUAACAUCAGCAUCCCAGAAGACCCUAAUCUAAGAAACAGCACUUACAAUCAAGUGCAAAAUACUGUCAAUACUGCGCUGAACACUCUUCUGAAUGGGCCUAAUUCUACAGUUAUUGAACCCACGUCCUCUGACUUCACGAGCACACCAGAUCAAAUUAAUGGCCUGAUGGUUUACAACUUCCAAGAUGGAGAUGCGAUACAACCAGUUAGCUUCCUAGAUCUGCUUCGUUUACCAAUAGGAUCAACAACUACAACUGUGUCUUCUCUGACAUCAAGUAAAUUCCCAUUGACGUCUCAGAAACCACUAUCUGGAUCAGCAGUGGUGACAAGCAAACUGGUGUUCAACUCCUCAUCUCCAGUCCCCAGUGAAACUCAGGUGCUCAGUGCUAUCCAAACUCUAAGGAACUCAAGAGAGUCACAACUUGGUGAAUCUGUGAAGGUGGCAAAUGUCACUUAUGAAAAAAUCUCAGACACCUCAUAUGCAGUCAUCAUUAUAUUUACUCUGAGUAACAUCAGCAUCCCAGAAGACCCUGAGCUCAAAAACAGCACUUUCAAUCAAGUGAAAAAUAUUGUCAAUAAUGCGCUGAACACUCUUCUGAAUGGGCCUAGCUCUCCAGUUUUUGAACCCACGUCCUCUGACUUCACGAGCAAAUUAGACCAAAUUAAUGGCACCGUAGAUUACACCUUCCAAGAUGGAGAUGUGAUAAAACCAGUUAGCUUCCUAGAUCUGCUUAAUUUACCAAUAGAUCUAACAACAACCAAGACUCCAACAACAACCACAACACAACCACCGACUGUGCUUGGAAAGGUGGUCAUUUACAUUGAACUGGUGUUUAUCACAUUUGGUCAAGUUCCAAGUGAGGAGAGUGUACUACAAAUAGUUCACAGUUUUCUAGACACAGGUCUGAGAAUCGUCCAGUCAGUCCCAACACAAAACCUGAGUGAUCCUGUGAGCUUUGUGAAUAUCACCUAUCAUAAAUUGGCUGAUAACAAAUAUUCCAUCAACUUUGGAUUUGAAAUCAAAGAUGUACUUAUGUUUGAAAACCCUGAUCUCAGAAAUGACACCUUCCCAUCAAUUCAAGACAAAAUAAAUGGAUUGCUGAACAAGAUCCUAAGUGACCCCUCGGGUGUAUUUAAUUUCAAGGCAACCAAUUUUACGGGUAACUCCACGGCGAUUCGUGCCGAUGUACAGUAUGUUUUCAACCAAAGUGACAUCCAUACACCCAGCCUCUUUGUUCAAGAACUCCUCAAAAUUAAUGGAGUUACCUCAACACCAGCACCGACUGUGCUUGGGAAAGUGAUCAUUUUCAUUAAACUGGUGUUCAUCACACGUGGUCCGGCUCCAAGUGAGGAGAGUGUACUACAGAUAGCGAACAGUCUUCUAGACGUACAUCUGAGAACCGUCCGAUCAGUCCCAACACAAACCCUGAAUGAUCCUGUUAGCAUUGUGAAUAUCACCUAUGAGAAAUUGGCUGAUAACCAAUAUUCCAUCAACUUUGGAUUUGCAAUCAACGAUGUCAACAUGUCAGAGAAAAUUGAAUUCAGAAAUGAAACCUACAAAAUAGUUCAAGAUAAAAUAAAUGAAUUGCUGAACAAGAUCCUAAAUGACCCCACAGCUGCUAUAUUUAAGUUCAACCCAGCCAUGUUUACGGGUAACUCCACUGUGAUUCGUGCUGAUGUGCAGUAUAUUUUCAACGAAUCUGACAUUGGUAAACCCAGCAUCUUUGUUGAAGCACUUCUCAAAGUUAAUGGAGUUAUUACCACAGCUGCACCUGCCAGAACCACCUCUAUGGUGGUAAACACUACUGGGGCAAACAAUAGCAGUGCAGCAUGGGUUGUGGCUAUAAUUGUUCCCUGUGCUAUAGCCAUCAUGCUUGUACCUUGCUGGAUUCUCCUUUGUUGUUUGCUCUGUGGUUGCUGUACACGAAUAAGACGACGUUGGCACAGGAGGCAGUCAUACAACAUACAGUACACAACUCACAAUCUCUUCUAGAGGGUUCACAAAUAUUCAGUGAGAAAGAACAAGACUGAGCACCACUAACUACAUAAAAAAUCAAUUCAUUUUACUAAAAUUUAAAUGAAUUUUUUUUUUUAAAUAUAUUACAUAUGUUGAAAAUUAUUUAUUUUAUGUGACUGUAUUGCUGGACAUACAGGAUCUGUCUAAAAAUGAAAAUAAUAGAAAAUGACACAAAUGUUUAGUUUUUUUUCUGUAGUAUAUAAUGGAUUAAUAUUUAUUUGUAUUUAUUUAUGAAUGUAUUCAGUCAACAGCAUGUCAAAUUAUUUUCUAAAAAAAUAUAUAUAUUUGUAGUUUUAAAACAUUUUAUUCAAAUUGUACAAUGUUCAAAUUUAUUUUUUGUAACUUCAGGCACUUUAACAUCUGUUCUAAACUGACAUUAUAUGUUAAACUGUAUAAACUUUAAUAAAAAAAAUUAGCAAU